UCGCGCGCUGCUGUUUCACCUGGAAGCGGAGCGGCGGCGCGCAGCGCAUCAUCUUUCUCUCUUUCUCUCAUCUUUCUCCCUCUUUCUCUCUCUCCUCCUCCUCCUCUGUGCGGUUCUCGGCUCUCCGGCUCAUGUCGGCUCCGCCGGGGUGUCGUUGUGCUCCAGGACGGACAGUUACUGCCAUUUUAGCCCCCAGGCCGGGCAUGCCGGUGUGAAAGAAGAGGUGGCAGUUUUUUUCCUCCUUCUUCCUUUCCUCUUGUCUCUCUCGUCCCUUUUCUGCGGCCUGAAACAUACAAAAUGUCGACCAGAACGCCAUUACCGACCGUUAACGAGCGCGACACAGAGAAUCACACAUCCGUGGACGGCUACCCCGAUCCCCCAGCACCUCCAGCUAAGUCAGCCAGCAGGCAGAGUCUGCCGCGAUGUCGCAACUCCAUGGCGUCCAUCACAGACGACCAGCCUCACAUCGGCAACUACAGGCUACUCAAAACCAUCGGCAAGGGCAACUUCGCCAAAGUCAAACUAGCACGUCAUAUUUUAACAGGACGGGAGGUUGCUGUGAAGAUCAUUGAUAAGACGCAGUUAAACCCCACUAGUUUACAAAAGCUUUUUCGUGAAGUAAGAAUUAUGAAGAUUUUGAAUCACCCUAAUAUAGUUAAGUUAUUCGAGGUCAUAGAAACAGAGAAGACACUUUAUUUGAUAAUGGAGUAUGCCAGUGGAGGUGAAGUAUUUGACUACUUAGUUGCACAUGGAAGAAUGAAGGAGAAGGAAGCCAGGGCCAAGUUUCGACAGAUUGUGUCUGCAGUGCAGUAUUGUCAUCAGAAGAGGAUAGUCCACAGGGAUCUCAAGGCUGAGAACUUGCUCCUGGAUGCUGACAUGAAUAUAAAGAUAGCAGACUUUGGCUUCAGUAAUGAAUUCACCAUUGGAAGUAAAUUGGACACUUUCUGUGGCAGCCCCCCCUACGCUGCUCCUGAGCUCUUUCAGGGCAAGAAGUAUGAUGGGCCUGAAGUGGAUGUCUGGAGCCUGGGGGUCAUUCUGUACACACUGGUCAGCGGCUCGCUGCCCUUUGAUGGGCAGAACUUAAAGGAGCUGAGAGAGCGAGUGCUGCGGGGGAAGUACCGUAUCCCGUUCUACAUGUCCACCGACUGUGAAAAUCUACUGAAGCGACUGCUGGUUCUGAACCCAGGCAAACGUGGCAGUCUAGAGCAAAUCAUGAAAGACCGCUGGAUGAACGUUGGUCAUGAGGACGAAGAGCUCAAACCAUACACAGAGCCAGAAGCUGACUUCAGCGACACCAAAAGAAUAGACCUGAUGAUUACUAUGGGUUUCCCCAAAGAAGAAAUCACAGAUUCCUUAGUGGGCCAGAAAUAUGAUGAAGUCAUGGCUACUUAUUUGCUCCUGGGCAGAAAACCUCCUGAGUUUGAGGGAAGUGAGUCUCUAUCCAGCACAAACCUGUGUCAGAUGCCCCGACCUAGCAGUGACCUGAAUAACAGCUCAUCCCAGUCUCCAGCUCACUCCAAAGUGCAGCGCAGCAUCUCUGCCACACAGAAACAGCGCCGCUACAGUGACCAUGUUGCCCCAUCUAUCCCACCGGCCGUGUCCUACACCAAGCGCACACAGGCCAACAGUGUGGAGGGAGAGAAAAAAGAGGAGUGGGAGGUGGCUCGUAAGCUCCCCACCUCCAGCUCCAAAGGAGACAUGGCCGUCUCUCCACUAACCACACAAGAGCGCAGGAAGUGUUCUACAGCCUCAGGGAACAGCACAACUGGAGGGAUGACACGGAGGAACACGUAUGUGUGUGAGCGUGCCAGCACAGAUCGUUAUUCAGCCAUUCCUAAUGGCAAGGACAGCAGUCUGACGGAGAUGUCUGCCUCUGGUAGUGGCUCCUCUGUGUCUCCUGGAGCUGCCUCAGCGAGGCCGCGUCAUGUGAAGUCCAUGUCUGCCUCAGGCCAUCCCACCAAGUCCCCCUUGCCCCCAAUAGAGGAUAAUGCAGAGUACAAGGGUCCUAGCUCCAGCUCCAGAGCACCUGCUGCAUCUCCAUCGACCCACAGCAUCAGCAGCGUGACCCCAGACCGAACACGUUUUCCUCGGGGCACAUCUACCCGCAGCACCUUCCACGGAGCUCAGCUGAGAGAGCGGCGUAGUGCGACCUACAAUGGACCGCCUGCCUCUCCUACGCUCUCACAUGACACAGGGGCUCUGGUCCACACUCGGAGGGGCACUUCAACGGGCAUCAUCAGUAAAAUCACCUCCAAGUUUGUGCGUAGGCUACCCAGUGAAGGAGAGGCCAGAUGCAGAGCAAACAGCUUAAGGAGCGGUUCAGGAGAACCAAAGGACGAUGGGCGUGAUUCUAAGCCACGAUCUCUACGCUUCACAUGGAGCAUGAAGACCACGUCAUCCAUGGAGCCUGGAGACAUGAUGCGAGAAAUCCGCAAGGUGCUUGACGCCAACAAUUGUGACUACGAGCAGCGCGAGCGCUUCCUGCUCUUCUGCGUUCACGGCGACGCCCGUCAAGACAGCCUCGUCCAAUGGGAGAUGGAAGUAUGCAAGCUGCCCCGCCUCUCUCUCAACGGUGUCCGCUUCAAGCGCAUCUCGGGCACUUCCAUCGCCUUCAAGAAUAUCGCAUCCAAGAUCGCCAAUGAGCUGAAGCUGUGACCGGCAUUAAAAAACAAAAGAGGGAGUGAUUCUGCCAAAAACUGCAAAAUGGAAGCUUGCUACGUUGAUGUCUACGUUCCCAGUUAGUUUGGGUACCAUUUUGAGUUUACUGCUUUCUAAAGCUACUGCUGUAUGGGUUGACCAGUGGAUUUAAAAAGAUAAGAUUGGGGGGGGGAAAUGUGCAUCCUUGGUAUCCCCAGUUCCCUUCUUUUCUCUCAAGUCCCACAUAUACACAAGGUUAGCAUAACCAUCUUUGCAAUAAUAAUGAAAACCCCCGUCAGGGUCAGCAGGUGGGUGUUCCUUUACAGAACUACCUUUGUAGGCUAAAGCAAAGACUUUUAACGCUACUUUUUCCACAUGUACAGUCAAGAUACAGAAUGUUUUGUUGAAUUGUUCAUAGACUUGUAUAAUACAAGACUCUUUCAGCCUACGUAUCUGAAGGUGUUGUAUAGUAUUGAGUUCUGCACAGAAUUUUUUUUGUUAACUGUCUUACUGUUUUGUUUAGCUUUUUGCUUUCCUUGUAUGAUUUUAGAUAUGUUUUUGCCUCUGCCAUGUGACGUUUUAAUGAUCCUUUUAUAUUUUCCCCCCACUUUUCAACAGGAUGUAGAACCAGUAGAUCAGUGGCAAGUUACUAACCAACAGUGUUUCAUAAAACAAGCCGUGCACAUUCCAAAGGCAAAUUGUUUUAACCUGCAAUCUUUUUAUUCUUUCACCCAAGUCUCAGAGCUGUGCUAUUAGUGAGCAAGUUUGACACUCUGCCAUUCCAUGUAUGCUAAAAAGGGAUAUAGCUUUUGAAUUGAUUGAGGAUAACGCUGUAGUUGUAGCAGAUGUAGCCCAAAUAGGAACAGGAGUGGAACAGGGUUGGUUAAAGAUUUUCUUUCAGCCGUUUAAUUUGAGUUGACUUCAUCUCAUUGUCCCUGAAGAUGCUCUGUUUAUUUAUUAUGGUUUCGACACCACCUUGACUGCGCUGCUUUAACUUUUCAUCCUUGUGUGAAAGAAGUAGGGUGUGACGUUUCUGUUUUUGAAAAUGUACCUUAAUUUGUUCCUUUUGUAAUUAGUGAUGAUGGUGAUGGUGACGUGUUAAAACCACUCGUGCUGGAGCAGUUCCUCUUGUUCCUGUAUACUGAGGUAAUGAGGGUUAAAUGUGCAAUUCUUUUUGUUGUAUUACUGUAAUUCUGACACACAAAUGGUCCCCGACUGCACACAUUUCAAGAGAAAGAUUUUGUUUAGUUUGCUUAUUUAAACAUGAUUUUAAAGUGUCUUUUCAGAGGUUUAAGCUGUGAUCUGAUUAAGCUGAUCCUUGAGGAGCGUGGCGUUUCAUGUUGUAACGGUACAUUUCCUGAGCAGAUGCUUGAUUUAUGCUGCCUUAGCGAAUGGAGCUGCUUGAAGGUGUUGGGAGAGAUGGCAGAAGAUUUACUUAAAAUGCAACUACCACCCCACCCACCCUUUUCCCCCUAGUCAUUUCACCUCUACCGCCCCCGUACUCCCUCCAAUCAGUGUAGUACUGUACAUUUCUCAGUAAAGUCUCAUGGGUCAUAAAGGAUCAGUCUCACUGGUGCACAUUAAAGCUUACUUGAAAUGAGAUUCCGAGCCAAAAUGUCUGGUGUCCUUUUUUUUUUUUUUUUAAUAUUAUUUUUAUUAUGAUUAGUUGUGGGUCAUUUUAGUGCUGUUAGGAAUUAUCUAAACCUGCAAAAAAAGUACAAACACUGUAAUAUCUAAUAUAAAUACCUACUGCUGUUAUAAGAAAAUAAUCAAUGAUGUAUUGUGGUGUGACGAAGAACAUUUUAUUCAUUAAGAACAAACAUCAGUUUGUAUCUGUUUGUAGUUACAUUUAAGGUUGUGGAACAUCCAUAAAACAAAUUACAAUCAUUCUGUCUCAUCGCCUCUCACAAAGUUGAUAUGAUAAACAAAUGCAGUUUGUCACGUUACAUAGAAACUGUAAAGCACAAAGCCAUCUGUACUGAAUACUCUCUCAUAGUGGAAAACUUGGCAGGAAUAUUUUCACCUUAAAGCACUGAAACGCAAUGGAUAUGUCCUUAGAGAAAUAUUCAUACG